AGACGCAAGACAAAGAAAAAAAAUCAUCCAUAUCUUCCCACGUGCUCUGCGCAAAAUCCCUUACUCUUCGACCAAUGAGAGUGAAGAAUCAAAUAUCUAAGUAUCUACCUCCAGGCAAAGUAUCCACUAUAAAAAUGUGGCCUAAACGAACGCGGUAUAGCAUUCGAUUCUUUCGAAUCAGGCGAUAUUUCUGACCGGAAUCUUUUUCGCAGCUUUUGAUUCUUCUCUCUCCCCACCUUUUUUUGUUGCUGUGUCUGUGUGUUCCUGCUUUGCCUGCUUUCAACCUUCCCCACCCUUCCCCUCCACCAUAGUGAACUGGGGAUAUAGCGAGAUCCGGACGCCGAGAACCUUCAGUACUCUUCAACCCAUAGAGCAGCAUCCUUUCUCUCACACUCCUAGAUGCAGUUCCUCAGGGUCGUUCGUCACUCUGUGCUUGCCGUUAGGAAGAGGAGUUCUGCUGCCGCAACCGCGACGGUAGGCUGCCCUUUCCACCGCGCCGAGCCGGAGCGGCCGUCUGUUAAUACAGUUUAUCGCAAAGUCUUGCCUUAUAGUGCCAUCCCCUCUUCCAAGGGGCUUCCAAUUGUGGGCACGCUGCCUGAAUUUUUAAUGCGAGGAGGCGCUAGAAAACUUCAUGAGUACUUUCAUAUGAGGCACCAGCAGCACGGUCCCAUCUUCAGAGAGAAAAUUGGAAGCCUGGACGUAGUGGUCAUUUCUGAUGAAGAUCACAUCAAUAGAGUAUACAGUGCUGAAGGAAGACAUCCUAUACACAUGGUGCCUGAGGCUUGGGUUAAAUAUAACGAGAAAAGAGGAAUUGAACGUGGAUUGUUCUUUAUGGAUGGCGAGAACUGGCGCAGCAAGCGAAUGAUGUUAAAUCCAGCUCUUAUUCCCAAAAUCAACCAGCAGUAUGGCGCGGUUUUCAGUGAAGUUACUGAUGACGUUAUCAACAGAUGGGACAAGAUUAUUCGAAUUGAUGAUGGCGUAUUGCCGAAUUUGGAAAAUGAGCUGUACAAUUGGUCUGUUGAGACCGUUGGAACAGCUGUAAUGGGACGUCGUAUGGGCUUCGUUUCUCCACCUGGUACUGAGAACAAAAUGCAAGAAUUUGUUCACCAAGUGCAACAAAUAUUUAAAGAAUCUGCAAAACUGGCAGUCGUAUCGGCUGAUUUUGCGAGCAAGUUUAGACUUCCCGUCUGGAAAAGAUUUGAAAAAGCUGCCGAUGCAGCCUUGGAAAUGGCCCGCAGCUUCGUUGAAGAACGCAUUGCAGAAAUAAACAAUCAGGUAGCAUCCGGUGAGAAAGUAGAAGGUAUUCUUAAAAGGAUGAUUGAUCAUAACCUUCCAACCAACGAAAUCGUCAACAUUGUCGCAGACUUGAUUCUGGCUGCAGCAGACACUACGUCGCAUGCCACUCAGUGGGCUUUGUAUUCAUUGGCAAAACAUCCUGAAUGUCAAGAAAGAAUCUUGGAAGAAAUCAAUCGCGUUGUGCCUAAAGGAGAGAUUGUCAAUAAUACCCAUGUGCAACAAAUUCCCUAUUUGGCGAAGACUAUAAAGGAAACUCUAAGAAUGUACCCAAUUGCUUCGUUUUUGACGAGAGCUCUGCCGACAAACAUCAUUCUUGGAAACUAUGAAAUUCCUGCAGGCAAAAUGUUCUUCAUGUCUCAGUAUACGGUAGGAAGAGAUCCUCGUAGGUUUAAGGAUCCAGAACAAUUCAAUCCCGACAGAUGGCAACUGAAUACCACCAUGAAAAAUGGAUGUAUGCCGUUUGGUCAUGGAUCAAGAGGAUGCAUUGGAAAAAUUGUAGCAGAGUUAAAAAUGCAACUGCUAUUAGCAAAAGCAGUUCAACAAUAUCACUUGGAAGCUAAGAACAAAGACAUUGGAAUAACUUUGAGAAUGAUCACCACUCCUACAGAACCAAUCCAGCUCCAUCUAUCCAAGAGGACGUGACUGGCAGGAGAUUGCUGAAGAAACUUCGGGGGCAUUUCAAAAGCUUUUCUUGCCAUUUGUAAUGGCUCCAAUGUUUCUGGAAGAUCCGUUGUUCUUCCCUUAUCUAGUCCUCUCGGCUGUGUUGGCACACUGGAUCUUGUGCUCUAGAUUUCUUUCUACUACUCCUCUCCUUGUCAUUUUAUAGAUGGUGCUAGUUAGCUUCUAUUUCGAAGAGCACGCUUGUUUUAUCCCAAUUUUGAAAGGGAAAAGGAUCAAGACAGCUAAAGCAGAGACUCUUUGAAGCAAAUCCUUGUGAUACAAACAGUGCAAAAGUAUUUGCUGAAGAUCAAAGAAUAUACAUCUGUCUUGAGCACUGGCGAUUGUUGCAAUAUGAGUUAUUUCUAAAUGUUUUAAACAAUGUAAUGUUGUCUUUUUAUAUAUUUUUAUAUUUAUAUCGAAUGCAUUUCGAAAGAUAUGCAUUCCGUAGAAUUAUAAUAGGUUUAAGACCUUACAGCAGAGAAUCUUAAACUUUUCUGUUCGCGACCUCCAUUGUCUCCUUUAUAUCUAUAAAGAAAUUCGCGAAUUUGAGUAUCUCAAGGAAAUGUAAAUUUCAAUGAACCGUUAAAUCAAAAUGACUCUGGUUACUUUUAUUUUUUAUAUAUAAUAUAAAUGAAAUUCGAACUAUGGAAAUUUCGAUAUUUAAAAAAAUCGAAUCGCUUUUAAUGGGGGUCGGAAUUUACAGUUUGAUAAGCCCUGCCAUAGAGUUAAUUGAAAGAUUUAUUGCAUUUGAUGUGAAUACCGGCUUCGGCUCAUGUUUGCACUUCUCUACUUUUUUAAUCCUUAAUAAGUUAAAAAAAUUGAUUUAUUAAGAAUAGGAAUUGAGAAAUUUUUAUUGGAAUAUACAGUUUGAAAAUGUUUCAGAAAUGAACUCCUUGGUAGUAACCGAAUUCUGUAUUGCAGAAGGAACUACAAGAUUUCAUAUAAAAUAAUCUUUUGCGAUUUUAUGAUAAACGGGUAUCUGAAUGUUUUAAUUCUGCAAUAUUUUUUGCGUACAUAUCUAUUUAUAUGCUGUUAAUGUUCAGAUUCAAUAACAGUGGAACAAUCUCAGGAAUUACUUAGCUGGAAUACAGCAAUCAAUCUUGUUAAAUUUUGAAAAUCCUUUUAAAAGCAUUGUAUACACAACUUUCAACAUAAAAUGGAUUUUUAGAAUUUUUAUGCAAAAUUUAUAAAGUUCAUUCGGUAGUUGAAUUUUAUACUAUUCUAGAAUUGUAUAUUAUAUUGUAUGUUCUCAAACUAAGAAAUUUUAUUGCUCUAAAUUUUAUAUAGAAUGUAAACUACAAAUCUACAAGUUUUUAUUUAGGAACUUCCAAAUAACUUCAAAAUCUUAACACUUAACAGGAAUUUCAAUAAUGGAAGUUUGUAUCUUUUAAGAUUAAAGACGCUUAAAACCAUUACCUACUCAAUCGCAAGCAACUGUGAAAAUUCAGAAAUCUAUUAAGAUCGUCAUUAAAAAAAAUCAAAAUUGAAUCUGAAAAUGCAACGCCAUUGCCACAAGUUUUUCCCCUUCCAUAUUUAUUAAACUUAUUUGGGACGACUGUUGGUCAUCCUUGAAAGUGAGCAUUUAAAUGAUAUACGGGUAUCUUUCACUUUGCCAAACUGAGCGAAAAUUAAAAUCUGCCUUCUACACAAAUAAAAAGCUGUUGAAUAUUUAGCUGUAUAUUUAAACCAUUAAGCACUUUUUAAUUUACUUCAAUUUUUGGCAUCGAAAUUUUUAAAGCAUUUUUAAAUAAACUUUUAAAAAUUAUGUUUAGCUCGAAAUACUCAAGUGCAUUUUCUUUGAGAAUGAUAUAAUUUACAUAUUUUAGAAGCAAACUGCUAAAAAUAUUAUCAAUAUCUUCUGAAAGACUGCACUUUAGUUUAAAUACAGCACUUUUAAUCAAAAUACAUAAGCAUUUGCAUUAUUGAAACAGUAAUAUAAACUCAUUUUAGUUAGAAAUGGUGAAAGCUUAUUUUUAUAUUAAUUUAUUUAUAUAGCUUAAUUUAUCUAUGUAUAGUUGCAGAUAUGUUAAUCUUGUGUUGCUUCGUUGAUAAUUUUCUUUGUUUUCUUAAUUUUAUAUGAAUAUUUUUGUUGUCUUUUGUCAUAUAUUUUUAAUCAAUUGUAAUUUCUCGUGUUCAA